GAAAGCGACUCUGUGUGCAUUGGAACAGCUGACAAUUUCACUUUGUUUGCAUUCCUUUGUUUUUCUGACUCACAAUUCACUUAAUUUUCAUAAUUAGCUAUAAUAUCUAUAAAUUUAAGGGAAAUUCGCAAAUUAAUAUACGUGAAAGUGCGAGUUUUGUGGGUUUGUUGUUCGAGUUUGUGGGUAUACAUCGAUUUUAACAAGAAAUAAUGAUUUUUUGCUCUUCAAAUUAUCAAAUUGUUUAAAAAGGCAAUAUAACAAUAAUAAUGCAGAAUUAUAGUGAAAAGUCCGCCAAAGUGGCAAUUCUGCUUACACUUAUUGCAUUAAGCAGAUGCAGUGAUAUUACACAGCAGGUAUUUGGUGAUGUAAAAGAAGGCAUUGUCGCUGCAUUUGGCGAUUUUAAUUCGGACGAGUUAACAGAUGUUUUUAUAAUAAGGGACCAAAUGAGUACAUUAGAGAUUUUAUAUGGUGCUUAUACGGAGCCUCUUCUACGACAUGGACCUUAUUGUACAUAUGAUGAUCAUGAAAUCACUAGUGUAGUACCAGGAGAUUUUGAUGGUGACGCAUUGAUGGAUGUGCUUGUUACGUUACGUCCAAAAGAAAAUGGUGCAGAAAAUAUUUAUAAUGUGCAUGUAAACUGGGGUGGUCCAGAUGGCAUAAAUUGCUCUGACGUGAAAAAUCCAAUUUUACGCACAAAAGGCGAACCUUUGGCACUUGAUUUUAAUCGUGAUAUGAUUAUUGAUCUUUUUGGACUCGAUGAAAAUGGUGAACGCGCCUUUUGGUUAUUCAAUACAUUGCGAAAAUCUCCAGAAAAACGCAAUCAAGCACCACCAGGUGAAUCAGGAUCAUAUCGAGACUCUAUUCGCAUUCCCAACGCAAAUGCGUAUUUGGACUUCAAUGACGACUUUACUGCUGAUCUUAUUGUGCAGACAAAUAAAAGUUAUGAGGUGUGGUAUGGCCGCACUGAAGAUAAAAAGGAAGACUUCAGCUAUAAUCAUAGCAUUGACUUGUCCGUCAUUGGCAACCCCGAUUUCACUGUCGGACAAGCCGUAUUCGCUGAUUUUGAGUUAGAGGGAGUAGAGAAUAUUAUCUUGCCUGUAUGCUUUCGAAAAGAUUGUUCCAAUUCGACAGUUCUAGUGUAUGAUGGUAAAAAUUUCCGCGAUGUACAUGUAAACUUUAAAGAUCCUCAAGGUGUAUUAUGGGGGUUUGUGAACCCAAUAGAAUCAGAUGUUUACCUGAAAACAAUCACAGCACGCAGCGGAGACUUCAAUAUGGAUGGUUAUCCAGAUUUGAUUGUAACGCUACAAACAGUUGGCGGACCAAAGCAUAUGCAAACUUUCCUCUUAGAAAAUGUGCCAUGUAAAAUGUGUAGCAAGCCCCUAAAACGCACUUUUGAAGUGAAGUGGAGCGGUUUAAGCCCAAUGGGAAAUGAAACUGUUGCAGGCGCAUUUUAUGAUUUCUAUCAAGAUGGUGUCUUGGAUGUUAUACUUAUUGAAAAAACCAAGCAAGGAAAAUACCGUCCACUAGCAUUCCGCAACACACUCGACUACGACGCGAACUUUGUCAAAGUUAUCGUCCUUACUGGACUUAUUAACAGCAAAAAUCCUACACAAACCACACCCCUAGGUAGAAAGCGACGAACUUAUGGCACCAACUUGCCGGGUCCACGUAUUACCUAUUCUACUAUCACCCAGGAGGGUGAUAAACAACAGGGUUCAAGCGUACAGCUUCCGCAAUCUGCAUACUUCGCACUGCAGCUGCCAUACACAAUUUUCGGACUGGGACGAACGCCCAAUUUCGUAGACUCUCUCACAGUUGGUCUAGGCAGUAAAUCACGCACUUGGACUCAGGUUAUACCAAACUCACAAAUAAUCGUUGUGCCAAAACCCGUUAGUGAGCCACAGUACUGGAAGGCACAACUUUUUGUAACACCCAGUAAAUUGAUUCUAAUGAGUGUGGUGGCAUUGGGUGGUACAUGCCUGGUCAUAGUGCUCAUUAUACUUGUUCUGUACAUCAAGGAAAAGCGUGAGGAUAAGCAGGAGAAGCUGCAGGAGGCGCAUCGGUUCCAUUUUGAUGCAAUGUAAAAAAACUUUGCAUACAAAAAAAAAUUAUGUAUGUGCUCGUUGGAAAACAUACAUAUUAUAUUUAGUUAUUCGAUAUUUAAUAACGCUCACUGUUGUGUUGAUAUUUUAUUUGACAAGCGAAUUUUUGUGUACUUCAUUAUAAAUCAAAUAAAAAUAUAUAUAUAUACAUAUAUAUUUUUAAACUAACUCCUUUGAAAAAGGUGCAAUUUCAUAACAUUUAAUAUAAUAAAAAAUCCAAGGCGCAUUUAUUAAAGGUGGUGGCAAUAGACCAACAACAAUGUUUUGUACGUUUGAUUGUCAAGGCAAAGUAUUGGAAAAGUAGAAAACAAAAAAUUGAUUUGCCUUGCUUUAUUCGGUGCUGACAGCCACAUGGACACAGUUAAAGAAAAAAAAAAAACAAAUCACACCCUUUAAUAGAUUCGCCUUGAAAUAAUCAUACCGUAAAAAUUCUGUCAAUCCGCUUUCAGCCUAAACUUUAUAUGCACUACAAUAAAAAAAAACAAGUUUUUGGAAAUAAAACCAAAAUGUAUUUGGCAAAGUGAAGAAAUAUACUAUAAUGACAAUAUAACAAUUAAUUACAAGACAGUUGUCAGAUCUGAGUUGUCAAUCACACCUUGAAUAGAACUUAUUUUCUUCUGAAAUCUAUAUUUAAAAUGAUUAAAAUGUAGGUAAAAACACUUGAAACAAGGAAAACUAUUAAUAAUACUAUUAUUUUUAAUAAAAAAGAAACCUGAACGAAAAUUGUCAAUGUAUAUUUAAAAUUAUGUAAGUAGACUCGUUAUGUGCUCCCGUACAGUACAGAUCGAUAUAAAAUUGGAGAUGCUUAAUUUAUUUUUCAACAAUUGGUACAACUUCUAAUUGUUUCAGAAUGUUUCAGUUUCUUGGGAUUUAUAAAGCAUGUGCGAAAAUAUUCGUCAAUAUACAUUUUCUGGGUAAUUUUGACCCAUGUGUAUAGGCUUAGGGUUAAAGAUGACUUAAGUAGCAGUAUAAACCAACACAGCUGAUAGCUGUGACGUCAUCCGUACCUACCAUUUUUACUUUUUUUCUCGUGUCCUGUUGAAUGUUGAGCAAAAAUUGUAAAAAAUACUCAAAUACUUUAAAUCAAUAAAAUAUGUUGAAUAAAUUCUUAA